CAAGAAGCCCUUUUUCAAAAAAAAAAAAAAAAAAUCUAAAUCUCAUACAAUGUCAAGAUUUCAGAAUUUGCUAUGUUUUACGAUCCUUCUUGCAACCGUAACCUUCUUCAAUGUAGCUUCAGCUCACGUAAAAAUUAAACUUGCUUUACCACAGACCGGAGAUCCAAUAAGUGUGGGUGAUGUCGAGCCUUAUACUGUUAAGAUUGUGUCUACUUUCGUGGCCGACCUGGAAAAAGAAUGCGCCAAGACAGAGAAGUUUAGGCACUUCUUCGAAAAAGUUAAUGCAUUUUCCAAGUGCGUAUGCUCGGUCUCUAUGGAUCAUGAGUCUCACAUGAAGGCUAAGGCAGGUAGCCUUUUCCAAGCCAUAUCAGCUCUAGGUUCCGAUGAAAAUGGAUCUAAAGGAGGAAUGGUGAAUAAGCUACAGAAGGAGAAAACAGAAGCCAUGGAAACCGUCAAAAUGUUGCAAUCUAUUGGUGAGAAGAUUACCGGCAGGCAGAAUAACAAAACAGAGAUAAACGGAACAUUAAAACUAACCACAAAACAACAAAAAGAAAUAAAAGAUGGGAUCUUAAAAUGGGUUAAAGUAAUUACUCAAAUCGCAAAGCAAGCAGACGAAAUUAGCAUGGCAUCUGAAACAAAGAAAGAGAGCAAGGAAGAAAAUUCUGUUGGACCGAGAAUAUUGGUUCAAACAAAAUCUUCCACAAAAAGUGAUAAAAAUUCUGACAAGAAGAGCGAUAAUAAGAAAAACAACAACGGAGAAUCAAAGAAGAAGAAGCGUGGAGGUAAAGAAGGGCGUCAUGGCUCUGCUAAAUCUAAAGGAGGAAGUAAUGAUGAUAAAAGCAGCAAAAACAAAAGAAAAAGUAGUGAAAAUGCUGACAAAAAUCAUCAGACCAAGUAUGGUAAGGUAGAGAAAAAGAAAGGAGGUGUUGAGCAGUCUCGUAAUAAAACAGCAGAAAGGUUGAGGGCUGAGGCGUCCGAUGAGUUGGACUAGAAGAAAGAAAACCGAGGUCUCUCUAUCUUUUUCCAAAUUUUUGUCGUUGAAUAAUACUGAAGAUGGAAGACUUAGUUUAUAGAUAUGACAUAUAUAUGUUUACUUUUUUUUCUUAAAUUUCUUUUGUAUAUAAUGACCAUAGCGAUAUAAGCUGCUAGAUGGUGACUAAAAUAAGGUCAUAGAUCCGAUCGACAUGAGAUAGUGAUCUUUAUUUUUUUGUAAUCGAUUUUUUCUUAUCAAUAAAGUGUACCUUCUCA